AUGCAGCACUACGGCGUGAACGGCUAUUCGCUGCACGCCAUGAACUCCCUAAGCGCCAUGUACAACCUCCACCAGCAGGCGGCGCAACAGGCGCAGCACGCGCCCGACUACAGGCCGUCCGUGCACGCGCUCACUUUGGCGGAGAGACUUGCUGACAUCAUCCUCGAAGCUCGUUACGGCUCUCAGCACCGCAAACAGCGCCGUAGCCGCACAGCCUUCACCGCUCAACAACUGGAAGCCCUGGAGAAGACCUUUCAGAAGACGCACUACCCCGACGUGGUGAUGCGGGAGCGGCUGGCCAUGUGCACCAACCUGCCCGAGGCCCGUGUGCAGGUCUGGUUCAAGAACCGCAGGGCCAAGUUCCGUAAGAAGCAACGCAGCCUCCAGAAGGAGCAGUUGCAGAAACAAAAGGAGACAAGUGGGGAUGGAGCAGCUGAAAAGGAGGACGUUCCUGCACCUUCCACGACUGUCCUUCCUGAUCCCCACUUACCUCCGUCCACCUCAGCUGCUCUGGAGACAGACAGCCCGGCGGUGUGUCCGGGCCCACCAGACAUGGAACUGAAUGUGACGUCGGCCGAGCAGUCUGGCAGCGAGUCUGCGACGGAGGACAACGCAACAGAUAAGGAGGAUGAGAGUAAAUGUCAGCACAGCGAGAGAGCCGUGACAUCAGGAGACGUUUCUUCGCCCUGCAGGAGACUCAGCCCGAAAGCAGACUCACCUCUCGUCUCUCCGUCCGUGACUCCUUCGUCAUCCAGCAGCGGCCUGGCCGGUGGAGGCGGUCCCCUCUCCCAGAACCACUCGUACUCCUCCUCCCCCCUGAGCCUGUUUCGCCUGCAGGAGCAAUUCCGCCAGCACAUGGCCGCCACCAACAACCUGGUGCACUACCCUGCUUUUGACUUGGCCGCCCCCUCUUCACUCCCCUACCUGGGGAUGAACGUCAACAUGCCCCCAGCGCCACUGGGCACUCUGCCCUGCCAGUCUUACUACCAGUCGCUGUCUCAUCAUGCCCAGCAGGUUUGGGGCAGCCCGCUGCUGCAGGCGUCGGCGGCCGCAAGUGGACUGAGCAGCCACAACAGCAAGACCACCAGCAUCGAGAACCUGCGGCUGAGGGCCAAACAGCACGCUGCCUCUUUGGGACUAGACACCUUGUCCAACUGA